AUGCCGAUGUUCUCGCGCAAGGUCAAAUCAAAAGCACGAACGGCUUCAUCUCCGCCCAAGGAUACCCCCGCGGUCGAUCGGGAAGAGCCCAGCACUUCGUCCUCCGUCGUCGAGUCGUCCGCGAUUCCAACGAUAUUGGCCCAAGCCGCGCCCGCGAUCAUCGGCGCGAGCCGCCUGGCUGCCCAGAGCGAGCCCUACGCCGUCGCCGCGUUCGAAGGAUGCCGGAGAGCGUGGCGAACGCUUCAACCGUACCACCCGCAGGAGUUCGGACCGGCGAUCGUGGGAUUUCUCCUGUGCUUCUUCGGUGGAUAUUUUGCCACUCUCACGGCGGCGGUGGAGGCGUAUCGAAUCACCGGGUACACGAGCACGCGAAGCGCGCUGGUGAUACUGUGGCGAAACAUCGAGGCGGCGCAGCGAGCAAACCUGAAGGACGACGAGUUGGAUGAGGACAACAACGGUAUACCGGACACGCAGGAGAUUGGCACUCGCGCGCUGGUGAUUCGAAAGUGCGGUGUCAUCGCCAAGGCGGUCGACCCCGAACAGCUUAGCGAUGCGCUGGGUUCGAUUUACAUGGGCUUUGUUGCAGUCGUAGCGACGUUGCGCGUGCACUUCGCCGCGUGCGUCUCGCUUGGAGUCGCGGUGGGGGACAUCGUGCACAACAUCGUGGACGAGAACCUCACGCCGGCGCUGAUGAUGAGCACGCCGAAGGAGUAUCAGAAAUGGGUCGGGCCCGGGGUGAGAUACGCGUGUAAAAUCGUCGGCGUCGUAGCGGCGUGGUUGGUGCAACAAGCGAUCACGGCGUAUCAUUCAGCGACGCGCGGCGCUCAGCUCCUCGUCAGAGGACUCCUCACGUACCUCGUUCGCCACAAGUACCUCUCUCCGAACUCGAUCGACGAGAAGGGCACGGUCUUCAACUUGACCAUUUUCGUCAUCGCCAUGACCGGAUUCUGGACGCAGAUCAUGUACGCCUUCAAGCUUCCUUUUCCGCUCAACAUCUUACUUAUUCCCGUUCGGUUGGCCGAGUUCUGCCUUCGACUGUGUGUCGGCACCAUGUCCAACGACCGCUGA